AUGUUUAUUUAUUAUUUAUUAACAAUAACUCUUGCAGCAUUGCCAAAUGCGAACUUAUCUAUUGGUCCAUUACUGCAGUCAUACGCAGAUGAUGAAGAUUUAGAUCAAAUCGUUUAUGUUCAUGAAAAAGUACUUUAGAAUUUUGAUUAUGCAUCAUUCCCAUCCUUAUCUUGUUGUCCAAAUAACGUUACGAAAUUCCGAGUGAUGAAUCUAAACAAACAAGGAUCAAAUAUAUAACGAUUUAAUCUCCCCUUUUACAUUGAGAAUCUUGGAGAGGAACCUUUAUCAAUUGAGUGGCUAAAUAUCACAGAGGAACUUUCAGAUUAGGAUAUCUAAGUCCAAGUCAAUUAUCAAAAAGACUUUCAAAUUGCCUAAGGCUUUAAUAAUUAUCUAGGAUUGAACAUAACACAUUUAUGUUGGAAAGCCCUAAACAAUGACAGAUAUUGGAGCAUAAAACGAGUUACCCUGUAAUUUGAAGGGUUUGAUCCCGUGGUCUUUAAUUACCAAUUUAUAUGCGGCAAAGAUUAUUAUCCUGUAAGGUACUUAGUUUAUUUAGUUAGAUUUGAUUGGAGCAACAUUAUCCUGAUUAUAUUUGAAAGUUUGAUGAUUUUAGUUCUUUCAAUGUUCGGAAGGAUUUAUGCAUUCAAGGUUGUUUUCAUAACGAAACAGUUGAAACAUGAAUUACCUCAGGAGAAAUUAGACAAGAUCGCUUAAGAGAGUUCUCCAUUUCAAGGGUUUCUGUUGGGAUGGUCAUAGGCAUUAUUCUAUAUGAGUCUUUUAAUUGGAGCUUUGUUUAUCUCAUUAUAUUUGUAAGAGAAGGCUGAGAAACCAAUAUAAAUCAUAGUGUAUAUCCUAUGUGUAAUCUGUGCAAUCCACUUUAUUGAUGAGUUGUUUUGUGCCUUUAGAAAAAGAGUUCCAUUUUUUGUUCAGACCAUUUACUAUUUUAGAUACUGUGAUAUUUUUGCAUUAAUUAUCGGGGUUGCUUUAUUUGCAGUAUACUUGGCAACGGAAUAAAUUUGGAUUUUAAGUAAUUUAAUUUCAAUUUGUAUUCUUGGCUCACUUAUCAAAUUAUUCAAGAUCACCUCUCUCAAAGAUUGCUUAUUGUUUUUCCUGCCUAUAAUGGCGAUGGAUUUAUUUUGUUCUAUCUAUAUGGCAAUGACCAUUAGAUAUGAAUGGGAUAGUUUGAUUCUAAGAUAUUUCAACACUCCCUUAUCUGCAUAAAUUCCAUACUUUAGAUAUAUAUACAAAAAGAAAUGCGCAUGGGUUUCGAUAUUCAAUAUCCUAUUUCCAGGUUAAAAUCUCAUCGAUAUUAGGUUUCUUCCUCGCAUAUGUGCAUAGAUUUGA